CCUUUUCUUCUCAUUCUUUUUUAUUCAUUAUGCCGACUAGUGAAGAUACAGAAACAAUCGACGAUGAUUUGUUGACUUUCGUCUUGCCAUCGGAUUACCUGCCUGGAAUGGAUUUACCGAGCAAACGUGUAUUGAAAACCCAAGUCAUUGCAGAUCUCAUUGCGCAGUCUUUACUUCAAGUUUCCAACGGCACGUACUGCAGCGCGGGCACUGAAUGGAAGAACGGAAUGCGAAGCGAUGUUCUUUAUACACCGCGACUGGCCUUGCAAACGACAUUGCCACCAAUUUUAGUUGAAGUGCAAAAAAAAUUGAGCGAAGCAUUCAUCAGAAGAAUCAUCCUGUAUUGCCUAAAUAUAACGAACCUCUACCCUAACCAUCCUCUGCCGGUGGUCCUGAUCUUUUGCAUUGACAAGUGUGCACCUCGAAACCUGUUGGCAAAAUUCCAACCAUGUGAAGAAAAGCCUUGCCUCAAGUACUUCCCUUCUGCAGAGUGGGCAGACAAAUGUUAUCUUGUCUCAAACGAAGCGCCGAAUGAUGAUAGCCCAGUUCUCAGUCCUUUGCAUGCCCUAUCCUUGUUUUUCUCUCAACAACAACCAUCCUUGCACUCUCACUCCCACCCCGAGGAUCCGACGGUCAAAAAAUUAUACGAACUCAUCAAAGCCUUGUGUGAGGAAGACGAAACUUACGAAGACAACUUCCGAAAGACGAUCAAUGAUGUCUGUGAUACACACAAUAAGCUGUAUAAUCGUAUAAAUAUUGCCAUCAGAGAUAUCCCGGGAACAUCGAAAGCUUGUCGAAUCAUUGACCGUGCUCUUGAAUACAAUUCAAGACUGAAGCGCAAGUUCAGCAUGAUUGAUACGGAUAGCGAGUCGUCCUUGGAAUUGCCACCCAAUCUGCCCAUGUCAUCACAGGUCCCUGAAUCGUCUGCGACAAGGGAAUGUGAAGCAGCUUUCAUCGCCAAUUACCGAAAACAUUUAACGGGUCGAAUGGACUGGGACGAUUGUUUGCAACGUGGUCACGAAGAAGGAAUUUUCAAGAGAUAUUCGACUGGCAAUAGCUUGCGAGCUAACUUCGGCUCAAAGAAAUAA